CUCAGUCGUUCGCGAGCUGUGCUCGAGUGCACGUCUCAGAUCUGUGCGAGUGUCGCGCGUGUCACGUGCCGACAUGUGAGUCUUUUACGUAUCUCGAGAUUACUGAGAUUUUCUUCCUUUUUAUUUUCUUUUUUCUGAUUAUUAUCCCUUAAACGUCGAAACACGUGUGUCUGCGAAUUACAUACUUAGAGAGAUGAGGUGAGGAACUUGCACGUUAUCACGGACGAAAGUUUCGAAAGAAAGGCGCAUUUCCGCACGCGCGCGUAGAAAAAAUGCGUUAUUCAAGAAUGAUACUGAUAACGGCGAUUGCGAUGGUCUUCGCACCGAUCGUCGCGAAUCCCUUUCUCGAGGCCGCUCAAGAGAUGUCCUGCUGCUCGAUGGCUGCUGGAUCCUGUCGGAAUGUCUGUUCCAAGAUAUCUUUGGUGGCCAUGGGCGCCGAAAUCGAAGCCAGAAAAAACGCCACGCAACGUCUCCUGGACUUUUGUUCCACGGGACUGACAGACUUCUGGUCCUGCGUGAAUUCAACGUUGAAUGAGCUCCAAAGGAACGAGAAUUGGAUCGGUCGGGGAUGCUGUCAUCUUGUUCAGAAUCCCACGUGUCGCACGACCUGCGCCGUGUCGGGUUCCACGAACGACUUGAAUCACUCCUGUCGGCCGAGCGACGAGCCCGAGUUCUUCUUCUGUUUGGAGAAACGCGAAGAGGCCGAACGAUGCUGCAGUAACGUUUCCAACGAUACCUGCAGAACUAUCUGCAAAAAUAUCUUUUACAAGCCUGGCAGCAAGCAGUCCAAUCUGAAGCUGUACAGCAGCAAGGGUUGCUUUUAUCAAAUUCCCAAAUGUCUGAAGAACAUACCCGACGUGAAGCAUGCCGAUGAUCCGAAGCAACAUCUGCACUGUUGCGAUGAAGCCACGACUCCAGUGUGUCUCGACUCAUGUCGCAGAAUUCUUCACACUGCGACUACUGAGCAAGAAAUUAUGGAUGAAUUGGCUGAAAAAUGCAGUCCAGUUUUGCCGCAGUCACCCAUGUGGAGCUGUCUGUUGAAAUCGAGCUCAUCGAAAUCGGUACGUUUACCUUUGAACGCUGGAAAAUUGACGUGCUGCACAAAAGCGGCGAAACCUUCUUGCAAGAAUCUGUGUUUGCGAGCCUUCCAAGCUGACUGGGAAUCUGCCUGGUCUCAGUUAGAAACGCAGUGUCUCUCGUCCAGUUUAGAGGGUGAAUUGAGAAGAUGUCUCGAAGACGCAGACGAUCCUUGCGAAAUGGGUUGUUCUGGAUUGUCUUACUGUGCACAGUUUAACGAUAGACCCACCACUUUGUUCAGAACGUGCACAUCCGCGGCUGACGAAAGAGCCAAGAUGGAGGCGGACUAUUGGACUCGAGGUGGUCUAAUUCGCGGAUUAGGCGUGCGCGCCGCUGCUUCCUGUCCGGUAGAGACUCUACGUGCGGCAGCUUGUCUUCUACAGAUACGACCUUGCGAGACUAGAAUCCACGAGACGCGACUCUGUCGUGAAGACUGUUUAGAGUUGAUGGCCAACUGCGUGGACUGGAGCGCGAUUACUGGACCUCACACAGCGGCCUCUUUAUGCGCCAAGCUGUCGCCGGGUAGAUCGGAUGCGCCGUGUGUCCAGCUCAGACCUUUCCUAGAUGACCCACAGGACGAUGAAGCGGUGAUUCAUCCCGAAGACGACAUUACGACACCGUGCAAGCACAAUCCUUGCUCGGAAAACCAGCUCUGUGCCCUUCAACCCAACGGCGCCAAAACAUAUCAAUGUUUACGGGCCUGUUCUCUCGGUGAGAUGUCAAAGCAGCUGAUACCAGUUGGAUCUUGGGUCCAAAUCCCGCGGAUCGAUCAAAUGUCUGAAGCGAUCGACUGUCUGAAGAUCUGCCAAUGCACAACGCACGGAUUGGAAAAGUGUCGCACCUUGAAUUGCUUUGGUUUCAAGUCUUGUUGGGUGCAUGACCGGUUUAUUAAGCACAAGUCCAAUUUUUACCUCGAGUGCAAUCCUUGCCACUGCUUCGAGGGUGAGUUUCACUGUUCUAGAAGGAGUUGCGACGAGCUACGCGUGCCAUCUUUACCUUGCGACUGUCCAGCUCAUUACGUUCCGGUUUGCAGCAGACUGGGUUUCACUUUCGCAUCUGCAUGUUUAGCCAAGUGUGCCGAGUUCUCGGCUACUGAAGUAGAAUUUGGCAGCUGUUCCAGUCGGGAUCCUUGCGCGUCUAAUUCCUGUGACAAUGGAGAAAAAUGCGUCCGUCGACCCAAAGUUUGUUUGUCAGGCUUGCACAAACCUUGUCGGCAAUAUGAGUGCGUAUCGAUAGAUUGCAAUCCGAGCGAAUCCAGCGGACCAGUCUGCGAUCGUGAGAAUCGUCAAUAUCCCUCUGUCUGCGCGAUGAUCCGCGCCGGCGCUAUCCUAGGCUAUAGAGGUCCCUGCCUAAGAAGAUGUAAUCUCCGAGGUCCGGUGUGUGGUAUCAACGGCGAAGUAUAUGCUAAUGAAUGUGCGGCCUGGGCUGAGAGAACUGUUGUAGAUUACUAUGGUCCUUGCGUCGCUAUCGGUCUUAUAGGAGAUGAGGCAAAGCCUCGUUGUGGCGAUGCCGUACAGUGUCCUACUUUAGCGGAUCCGUACUGUAUCGGGGUCACUCCUCCUGGCGCUUGUUGUCCCGUUUGCGGAGGCGCGGCGAGAUUGUUUUAUUCAAAAAAACAGUUGGACAGAAUCUAUUAUCUGAUGAAUGAAACUGACAAGGAUUCCGUCACCCUGGAAGCGCUUCUGACUGCUCUAGGUCGUCAGCUGCAAGUGGCACAAUGCGCUGUUCGCGGCAUGAUGACACCUGAUCGCGAUAUCUUUAUCGUCGUUCAGCCUAUUACCAAAAAGCCAUCGACAUUACAGUUACGUGCUUGCGUUACGGAAACGGAGAAACUUGUUACCAGAAUUUCGGAGAGAAGUCCUACAAUUGCAGCGGAAGUUCCUUUGGGUUCGCUGACCAGAGCUGAGCUAGCUCACGGUUACAUUUCCAGUGCCACGAAACUUCAAACUUGGCUCGCGAUAAUUGUUGUCGUCUUCUUGCUAAAUGGCUUAUUCUAAAUAUGAUUAUGUCAAAGAAAAUGAGAUGUGACAUCGCUUAUUUCGUACAGUGUGAUUCCAAAAAAUUUCUAGAUAGUUUUAAUCGUAUCAAGUAUAAAUUCAACCAACUUAUAAUUUAAAGGCAAGAAACUAUAGCCAUAAGCGGUGACUCUCGUUUUCUUAUCCACUUUUGGCGCUGAAGAGCAUUUAUUUACCUAAUCGCGAUGUCAUUUGCGACAGCGAAUGUCUAAAGCGUGUCUCGUGUCUGUGAUUCUUCUAGUGCCUUCUGAUAACAUACAGAAGUAUAGAACAUAUUUUUAGAUAUCGAUUACUGCCAAAGAGAACAAAGUAUAUAUCGAGAGAAUUGUACAAAGAUGAUGGAUUUCUCGGUGCGUGAUUGUCACGGACGACCGAGAAACUGCUCACUAUAAAGUUCUACUCCGAAAAGACUCUGUAAACUUAAGUUAUAAAUGCCAGUCCGCUUAUCUCGAUCAAUAACGAUGUGUUUGCAAGUGUCUUUUAUACGCACGUUCUUCUAAAAAAGCUUAAUAAGAGAUCUUUUCUUUUUUUAGGUUUUGUUAUAAAUAUUUUGUCGAUAAAAAGAGAAACAACUAAUAAAUUUAUGUAAAGUACAAUUAUUAUGCAAAUCUCUAGUUCUUUCACUGAGUAUGUGUUAUUAUGUAACGUUCCGAAUUGUUAUUUUAUAUAUUUUGCAAAUAAAAAUAAAUUCAUUCAAUGUAUCAGAGAGUAAGCACGGUUAAAGGAACGAUACGUAUUCGCAUUUUAUUUACAAACCUG